AGAAGAAGAAGGAGAAGGAGAAGCAGCAGCAGCAGCAGCAGCAGCAGCAGCAGCAGCAGCAGCAGCAGCAGCAGCAAUGAUUCUGUCCUAGUGGUACUCUAAAGCCCCAGCAAAAUGUUUGCUGUUAAAAAUGAGGAUUUGAGCAGGUUCAGCUCAUUUUUCUACAGUCUCAUGCUAAUGAUUUUGUAUAAGUUGAAAUGUUAUUUCUAAGGCCCUGCGCUUAUAUUCGUUGAACUUCCAAAUCAGGAAAUGAGGUGGCUUUGGCCGCUGAAGUUACCCCGACCCACUAAGGCCCUAAAGGGUGCUGGGGAGAGUCCCCGUCCCGCACUAGUCGGCAUGUGUGUGUAGCCUAUCUCUGGCAUAUUUGUGUUGCUAUCGUUUAAAAACUACAAAGAGUGAAGAGUGAGAUUACUUCUGGACCCGGAAUGAAGCAUUCAGAGUGUCUCAGGAGAAGGAGGACAAAGCCACUUCUCAAUUUCAAAGGAGAAACAUAUUGAAUUGACAUAGCCCAUGUAUUGCGGUUGAAUAACUUACCCAGGAAGCUUAUUGCAGGGAUUGGGUUGCAAAUUUUAUGUGCGGAUUCUUGAAGGAAGGGAUCUGAUUUUCCACUCUCAGCAGCUUUAAGAGGCCAUUUAGGAAAGCCCGAGGUUUGCCUUCAGUGUCCCGUAACUUGGUCUCUGGAAGGGAGCUAUUUGCUCAGAGGCUGGGCGUACAGCCAAGUUUUGCAUUCCUAGCCAGCCUCGGAUAUCAGUCUAUAGAUUUUCCUCCCUUUCUUUCCUGUGUGGAAGAAAAAAAACAUCAUUUCUGGCCACUGAAUUACUUAAUGUGCUGCAGUGAAAGGCAAAGCCCUGGUCUAAAACAAAUCGGAAUGUGACGUGGGAUGCAAGGAAGGCAAGGUGUAGACAGCACUUUGAUAGGAUGAUGAACUUGGAAUCAUCGUCACCCCUUUGUGCCUCCGUUAGUUUGGAUGCCUGUUAAACAUCUGCCCUUGCCCUAACAGGGAGUCUGUGUAUUCCACUGUGGGAAAGGUGAUGGGAAGGAAUAGCGGAAUGUAGAGUAAAGGACCCAAUGAGAUCUUCUAGAGUACAGCAGCUUUUCUGCCUCCAGGGCAGAGAGUUGGUCGGUGGCUGGGGCAGAAUUAGUCUUAGACCUCCUCCCAGCUCCUCCCUGUCCAACUGUCUUGUAAAAAUCACUCUGUGCUCAGCCUCAAUUGUUCCUGGACACUUUACUUUUCAGGCUGGACUUGGCUCGGGCCCACACUUGUGUGUUUUUUUCUGUCUAGCAGUUCACUAAGUAGUUCCAUAUGGAGCCCAAGCAGGAAGGCAUGGGCAGGAAAACAACCCCGACACCCUGCAGGCUGGUUUGGAUUUGGAACCCGAGGUGCAGCUCACAAACAGCCCCGUCUUUGGAACCUGAGAUACCAUGGGACUUGACAGGCGUCUGUGUCCUGCUUGGGUCAUCCAGGCCUAGAGUCUUGUUCGUUAGUUUAUAUUGAACAUUUGACUUCUUGGAAGCUUCGGGGCGAGUUGUGUCUGUUUCAGGCUUCCUUUCUCAGCUUCAUUUCUCUUCUCCUCACUCUUUGGAAAUCCUCAGGUUACACUGCAUCAGAGCAAUGACCUUCCCUGUCACUUCCUCCAUCCUCCUUUCUCACACCAUUCCAUCGGCAAAAUCCUCCACUUUCCCCCAAAGACCCAGUGUCUAGUGAGCUCUUGUACACAUUCAUGCAUUCUACUUCCUGUUUGUGGUUGUUAUAUUGAUUUUGAAAUUAAUUUGGAGUAAGGAGAAAAAGCUCUUAGAGAUAAGAGGUGCCUGUAAGCCUGCCCUAUUCAACAAGAUCAAUAAAUUUCAAUAAUAAAAAUCCCACCAGCGUGUUAGACAUGGAGCAACCACAGUGUAGCAGGAAAGGGAUUGGCUUCUUUUGCCUAUAUGAACACUCUUGUAGACCACCCAGGAAGAAAUUAAUUGGAAGGAUGAUCACUCCAGGUCCCACCACUUCUAGCCUUUUCUGAUAAUGUCGCCGAGUUGGAAGAACGGAACAGCCUAACUCUCUGUUCCUGCUGAUUGCCACCAGUUUCUAUACUGAUUCCUGAAUUUGCCCCUUUGGAUCCAUCCUGCUCUCCUCCCCAUGGCCACUGUGGUGGCUUAAAUUCUUCUCAUCUGUUGUGACUCCAUUCUUAGCGUUUUUGCUUUGGUUGCUUCCGUUUCUGAAUAGUCUUCCCCACUCUCUCAUGAACUUAUUUAUGUAAACAGGUCCUAGCAAUUCCACUGUCUCUCGCCUUGGCCAAACUGACCACCCCAUGCUCUCUUCUGGUCUUGUUAUCCAGUCUAGUACUGCAUCUAUGGCAUAAUUGUGUCUAGCUCACUCACUGGACUUUGAGUCACUGGGACCCAUCUCACUGUCUUAUUCAAGGUUUGGCUCCUGGCUUCUAGAAGAAUGUAUUUCAUUCAUCAUUUCAUAGAGACGUGUAUUGAAGCUGAGUCUGAUGUCACAGGCCUGUAACUUGGGAGGCAAAGUUGGGAGGAUCACAAGUUCAAGGUCUCCAUGGGCUACCAAAUUUUAUGACCAGGUGCUUUCUUUGCAUGAGGACCCGACCAUCCCGGUGGUGAACCCUCUGCUUGCCUUUGCUCUCAUCAAACGUUUGCAGUCUGGCUGGAGGAAUGUGGUGCAUAGUCUGGAGGCCACUGAGAACAUCCGAGCUCUGAAGGAUGGUUAUGAGAAGGUAGAACAAGACCUUCCCGUCUUUGAGGACCUCGAGGGAGCAGCGAGGGCCCUGAUGCGGCUGCAGGAUGUGUACAUGCUCAACGUGAAGGGCCUGGCCCAGGGUGUCUUCCAGAGGGUCACGGGCUCCUCCAUCACUGACCUGUACAGUCCCAGGCAGCUCUUCUCCCUCACAGCGGAUGACUGCUUCCAAGUAGGCAAGGUGGCCUAUGACGUGGGUGAUUACUACCAUGCCAUCCCAUGGCUGGAGGAAGCCGUCAGUCUCUUCCGAAGAUCUUACGGAGAGUGGAAGACGGAGGAUGAGGCCAGUCUGGAAGACGCCCUGGAUUACUUGGCCUUUGCCUGUUUCCAGGCAGGAAAUGUUUCAUGUGCCCUCAGCCUCUCCCGAGAGUUUCUUCUCUACAACCCAGAUAAUAAGAGGAUGGCCAGGAAUGUGUUGAAAUAUGAAAGGCUCUUGGCAGAGAAUGCUCACCAGGCGGUGGCUGAAACUGUCAUCCAGAGGCCCAAUGUGCCUCACCUGCAGACCAGAGACACGUACGAGGGGCUAUGCCAGACCCUGGGCUCCCAGCCCACACACUACCAACUCCCCAGCCUCCGCUGCUCCUACCAGACCAACUCCAGCCCCUACCUGCUGCUCCAGCCCGCCCGCCAGGAGGUCAUUCACCUGCGACCCUUGGUUGUUCUCUACCAUGACUUUGUUAGUGACGCAGAAGCUCAGAAAAUCCGAGAGCUUGCAGAACCGUGGCUCCAGAGAUCAGUGGUGGCUUCGGGGGAAAAGCAGUUACCAGUGGAGUACCGCAUCAGCAAAAGUGCCUGGCUGAAGGACACAGUUGACCCAAUGCUGGUGACCCUUGACCACCGAAUUGCUGCCCUCACAGGCCUUGACAUCCGGCCUCCCUAUGCAGAGUAUCUCCAGGUGGUGAACUAUGGAAUCGGAGGGCACUAUGAACCUCACUUUGACCAUGCUACGUCGCCAAGCAGCCCCCUGUACAGGAUGAAGUCUGGGAACCGAGUUGCAACAUUUAUGAUCUAUCUGAGCGCAGUAGAAGCGGGAGGAGCCACGGCCUUCAUUUAUGCCAACUUCAGUGUACCUGUGGUUAAGAACGCUGCCCUGUUUUGGUGGAACCUGCACAGGAGUGGAGAGGGGGAUGGAGACACACUUCAUGCUGGCUGCCCUGUCCUGGUGGGAGAUAAGUGGGUGGCCAACAAGUGGAUACACGAGUAUGGGCAGGAAUUCCGAAGACCCUGCGGCACCAACCCUGAAGACUGAGCACUGGCAGAUGGCAGCCUGUCAGAGAAGCCAGGAGCCAAAGCCACGGGUGAAGAGGAGCGCAGCCCCCCGAAGGAAGGCCUCACGGCAAGGCCCGUGGGUGGGAGUCGAGGGAUGGUCUUUACCCGGAACUCCUCUCGCCCCCAAGAAUUUACAUCUGGUCUACUGCAGCUGUGAGACUCAGAACAGCCUGGGUAACACAAGAGACCCACGCGGUUUUGAGUGCUCAGCCACCCUUGGGAGUGAAAGGGGGAACUCAGUAUAGAACUGUUGUUUAGUGUGUGCAACUCCAUAGCUAGGUUCUGUUCAUUAGCAUGAACACAUACUACACAUACAUACACUACACACACACACACACACACACACACACACACACACACACACACACACAAUCUGGAAGCAUCAGGCUGCUCCAGCAGGACCACUUGAUUCAGAGGUCUCCAUCCCCAUCACGAGUGGGUAUUGUCAUGUGAUGAUUUUUUUUAACGUGGAAAGCAAUUUUGUUUUCUUUUUUAUGAGUUUUGUCAUUAAAAUGUUUUUAAAUCA